UUUUGCGUGUUGUUUGGUUUAUAACAAAAAGAUACAAAAUGCAGAGAAACUUACCUCAAAAUAAGGAAGCCUUAUUAAAAUCAUAUACAACUCGAUUAAAAGAAGAUGUGAAGAGUAUGUUAGAAAACUUUGAAGAAAUAAUAAAACUUGCUAAACUGGAAAAUGAAACACAACUUAAUAGGAUGACUCAGAUUGAACAGGACACUUUUGAAAUGCAAGUACGGGCUGCCAACAUUGUGCGAGCUGGUGAAUCCCUAAUGAAGCUAGUAUCAGACAUCAAACAGUAUUUAAUCCUGAAUGAUUUCCCAUCAGUAAAUGAAGCCAUCACACAAAACUCUAAGCUGUUCCGCACCAAGCAACAAGAAUGUGACCAAAAACUGAUGUCCCUUCGUGAUGAUAUUGCAGCUGAUCUCUAUGAUUUAGAAGAUGAAUAUUUUACUAGUAUAUAUAAGUGAAAUUUUAAACAAU